UGCUACUCGAUCGGCUUGCUCGCCUCGAUCGAAGCUUACUGCUCCCCCGAACAUAGCGCUACAGCUCGCGGACGCAUCAAUCUUUCAAGCGCACGGCUCGAAGGUGUCGCCGGACGCCACGCAGCGACGCCCUUGCUUAUUCGGCUGGCAAGCAAAGCACGCCGCGCGAAGACGCCGCCGCCGCGACCCACAAUAACCAACGACAGCGGCCAUGGAGCACCGCCCGCCAAUACCGCCAGUGCCACAGCCCGUCGCGCCUCCACUCCAAAGGCCCUACGAGCCGCCGCCCUUGCUGGGGAACCCGUACGACACGUUCAAUGGCCUGACUGCAGCGGUGGCCGCGCAGAUGCCCGUCCAGCCGCCCAUGGCCAUCCAGACGGCCCUCCCACCACUCGGCGGCGUGCCCCAACAACCUGUACAACUCAAGCGGCCGGCCCCUGAAAGUACCCAGAAGAAGAAGAGGGUCAGGAGGCACUGGGACGAGUGCACGAAUUGUGACUCGAAGCACGGCAUGCGGUACGGGAGAGUCGUGAAUCGACAAAUACAGUACCUGGGGUGUGACCGCUGCAAGGGCGAUUAUUUUGCGACCCAUGGUGUCAAGCUCAAGGAUUUGACGAGGGUCUGUGAAUGUGGAAGUGGCAAGGAUCGGAGGUACGGCCCGAAAGGGGGCACGGCCGUCGCGUGCGUCGAGUGCAAGGACCAGAAAGUCUCCCAAGACGGGCAGCCUUUGAUAAACCUGAGACCGUCCACGGGCCAAUGUUCCUGCGGCUCGGGCAAGGUCAAAAGGUUCGGCUACCCUCCGACCCAGGUUGACCAAGGUAGGAAAGGUCCAAGCGCGAGGACGAACUGCAUCGACUGCAAGACCGAAGGCAUGGUCAAUUUAUCACUGAGUAAAAAGCCCGAGGAGUCCUGGGGCGGCAAGUGUUCGUGUGGUAGCGGGAAGGUGCGGCGGUUUGGUCUUAAAGGUGGCCCUCGCACGGCGUGCAUCAACUGCAAAUCGGACGCGAUGAUUAAUCUGACCACCAAAAUCUGUACGUGUGGUUCGGACCGGCAGGUGCGCUUCGGGAGACCUGGUGGGAAACCGGAAAAGUGUUCCCAAUGUAAGAGUGAGGGCAUGGUCGACCUCACGAAGAAGAAGGACGAGGAUCCCGCGCUCGGGUAAUUUUACACAUAGAUAUACUUAGUUGCGUCGAUGGCGUGCCCCCCCACGCCGUCGCCGCAUGCUGGUGGCUGCGCGCUCGGGUAAUCACAUAGUAUA